AUGUUUCAGAUCAAUGGAUCUGUCCAGAUGGAGCAUGUGCUGCUCUACACCUUCCUGGAGGCAUCCCCAGACUGCAAGUUCAGGGAGCAGCUGCAGUGCCUGCAAAGCCAGGGGAUGGUUUCUGCCCUGAGGGGCAGCUGCUACGAGGAUGAGGAGGUGGAACUGCAGACCGAUGGCAACCGGAGCGGCCACAUGCAGAACGGGGAGGCUGUGCUGGACCAUGAGGUCAAUGAGGAGGUCAUCCGGCUCAUUGCUGCCCAGCUGGCAGCCAUCGGCGACCGCUUCGACCGGGAGAUCAAAGCGAGGGUCGUGAACGACCUGGUGCAGCACUUCCUGAACGAGAACCUGUCUGCAGAGGAGAUAACCCAGCUCAUGUCGGAGGCGGUGGAGGGGCUUGUGCAAGCCAUGCCCUCAGACCUGGAGCGGGAGAAGGUCAUGCUGGUGCUGGCCAUGCUCUUAACCAAGAAGAUUGCCAACACUAUGCCCUCCCUUCUGCAGCGUGCCUUCAGCGCCACGGUUAACUACAUCAACCAGCAGCUCCACAACUACAUCGCCAGGCUGCUGCGUGACUGAGCUCCGGCCCGGGUGGAGAAUGUGGAUGCCUGAAGACUUUCUGCUUUCCUUGGAUGUAUGAAAUGACUUUUUGUGUUCUUAACUUCUGAGAUACAGCUGUGAAAGGGAAGGGAGAGCUUCAUAGAUAGGCCUUUGAUGACUAGCACAGCAGUGAUGGUAGUGUGAGCUGCUUGCCAGCUCUGCCCAGUACCCCAAGUAGUGCUUACCCUUUUUUUUCCUUCAGUAGCAGACAGUGCAGACCCUGGCUUGUGCCCCCAGAGACAGUGCUGAGGGCUCAGAGCCUGCCCUCUGUUUGGGUGUUUUUCUUUCUUUUCCCUAAUCAGCCCUAGCAUUUUGCUUUAGUUAUUCUCUUCCCAGCCCUGCUCCUGGUGCUGCAGCUGAGCCAUGCCAAGUGUUUACUGUUCCCAGGAAGGCCUCAGGCUGUAGAAUGGGUGGCUGACAACACAGGUCACAAAGGUGGGGAGGGGGAAAAUCAGGUCUGUGAUAAAGAGGAGAGAGCAACAAGAGGGAAGAGUGUUCAAGGAGCCAGGGGAGGCUGAGGUACAGACGCUUCAGUAUCAGUUGCCAUAAUCCUGUGCUUGAAAAAUAAAACUGAUA